AUGGGUAGCGCUGCUGCUGCUGCUGUUGUCCUUUAUCUUGUUUUGCAAUUAAUGCAAGAGACAGAAGCUUCUGUUGGGGACUGCAUUCCCAGAAAAACAAUAAGUUGCCAGAACUACAUCCUCUUCCUCCAUAAGAGAAAUAAUUCUGACUUGUAUGUCUGUGGAACCAACGCCUAUCACCCAACUUGUGAUCACAUGGUUAUCCAUGGGACAAACAUAAGCCUGCAAGGAAGAGCUGAAGAGAGCAGAGGAAAGCGUCCGUUUGAACCAACUCCGAAUUAUGCGUCUGUUUUUGUAGAUGGGGAGUUUUAUUUGGCUACUUCAAAUAACUUUUUGGGAACAGAACCUAUAAUACUUCGCAGUAUGAGAAAUCCUGUGAAAACAGAAUUUAAAACAUCAUGGUUAAAUGAACCAAGCUUUGUCAACAUGGAAAUAGUGCACGAAAGUGCAUCUAAUCCAAAUGGAGAUGAUGACAAAAUUUAUGUGUUCUUCACUGAAACAGCUGUUGAAUUUGAAUUCUAUGACAAGCUUUUGGUGUCCAGAAUUGCCCGUAUCUGCAGAGGUGAUCUUGGUGGAAAGCGCAUAUUGCAGAGGAGGUGGACGUCAUUUUUAAAAUCCCGCCUUUCCUGUUCCAUUCCAGAAUUAAGCUUCCAUUUCAAUGUUGUCCAGGACAUCUUUUUACUUAGGAGAAGAAAGUGGCAGGACAGCAUAUUUUAUGGAAUUUUUUCCCAGCAAUGGGGAAGAUUAGACAUAUCAGCUGUUUGUGCAUACAGUAUGAAAACUAUUCAGGAAGUCUUCUCCAAAGGAAACUACAAAGGACCAGAACAGGGGAUGCUCUAUGUAGGGUCCCUGUCUCAAGUGGUUCAGCUCCCCGUUGCUGAGUGCCCCCAGUACACGUCCUGCUGGGACUGCGUCCUGGCCAGGGAUCCGUACUGUGCCUGGUCUCAAUCUGCUGCCGAGUGCAUUCUGCUGGCAAACCGGGCUGCGCACACUGA